CAUUCAGAUAGAUGAAUCUCUCUCUCUCCAUCGAUGUUCCAUCCUAUCUGCAUCUCAACUAGAGAACCCCAAGAGAAAGAGAGGAAAAACACGAGUCAAGCCUCAAUAAUGGCCAAACACGAAUCCUCAAAUCCCAAUACCUGGCGAAUUCCCUUCUUGAUCACAGCAACCCUACUCCUCGUUCUCGUCUCAGCAGAAAUCUACUUCCGAAUCAUCCCAGACAACAUUGAAAACGUCGGAGCGAGCCUCCUAACCCCCAAACCAUCCCCUUCACAUCAAACCCCAACAGAAGACGACACAACAAUCGGUUCCGUUUUCCGAAAAAUCGACAUUCUCGAAGAUAUGGGUCCCGCAGGAGACGAGGCGUGGGAUUCACUCCUCUUACCGAAAAGAGGGGGCUAUAUAUUCGCACGACCGGAGGAUCCUGCUUCGAACGAAGCAGAGCCGUGGGGUAUUACUAUGUUUCAUAGUUUGCAUUGUCUGGGUAUGCUACGAAGUGCGAUUCAGGAACAGCAGGGUUCGAAUAGUUCAAAUGCGCAUGUGCAUAAUCAUAAUCAUGCGAGGAGGGAUGGAGUCGAAGAUGUUAACCAUACGGUCCAUUGUCUAUCUUAUCUUGCUCAGGCACUGACGUGCUGUGGGGAUGGCACUCUUGAGAAAGCGAUUCAUCUGGAUGAGCCAGAUAGACGCUUUGCCAUUAAUGGACAGGGCGUGUGGCAUCAGUGUCGAGAUACGAGUUUGUUAUGGGAUAUUACUAUGAAAUCGACGCGUGAGCCGGUUGAUAGAUGGGUUUCGAGGAGAGGUGAGACGGUCUAUAGUGUUUGGGGUAAGGGGGGUCGGACGAACUAGGGCAGAAGUGUUGGAAGGGUUGGAGUAGAGAAGGUUGUUUGCUUCUUUGGCUUUCUCCUUUCUCUUGUUGUGUAGGUAAAUAUUGUUUUGGAUUAUCGGUAAUAUUCUAUCUUAUCAUUUCGGACAGUUUGAUCCAUCGUCUUGUUCCCCGCAUGCGUGACCCCACAUAAGUAAGUAGUGUCAAGAGUGACAUAAUUUAUCUUCAAUGAACGUCUGUUAUAACUCAGUAAAU